GUGACUUUAUCGUCCUCUCUCUUUUUUUAUUUUGGGUGAUGGCGAUACGUUAGUCAAGCUUUUCGUCGGCGCGGAUGACGGUGCUACUUGGAUGUAUGUUUCUGGACUUUUCAGCGUAUCAUGACCGCGCGCCUCUCCCCCUCUCCCCAAGUCUUUUCGUUUCCGCCGCGUGAAGUUGAAAGGAGGAGAAAACACAAUGCGAGGGAAAUACUUUCUUCUCGGCUUCUUGUUGCUCAAACUUAUGGCUCUGGUGUGCAAGGCCGACGGCGAGCCGGGGAUGCUCGGAGGAUUCGUAAUGAUCGCCACCUCCAACGGCUCCAGGGAGGAGGAGAGCGUGUCCGAGGAGACCCCGCACACGGAGGACAAAUGUCGGGGUUACUUCGACGUGAUGGGCCAGUGGGACCCGCCGUUCGUCUGCAAGACGAGCAAUUUUCUCUACUGCUGCGGCACCUGUGGCUUCCGCUUCUGCUGCUCCUACAAGCACUCGCGCCUGGACCAGAGCACCUGUAAAAAUUAUGACACGCCAUUGUGGAUGAAGACCGGGCAGACUCCGUACAACAAGAAGAACAAGGCGCACGACAGCACCAAAGACAAGACGAACUUAAUUGUUUACAUCAUAUGUGGAGUAGUGGCCAUCAUGGCUCUUGUGGGGAUUUUCACCAAAUUAGGGCUGGAGAAGGCGCACCGACCCCAGAGAGAAAACAUGUACAGGGCCGUUGCCAGUGUGCUGCAGGGCGGGUGUCCAGGUGAGCAGUAUCGCGGGGAGGAGGCCCUGGGGAUGCAUUCGCAGCACUGUGUUACCAGGACCACAAACCUCCAGGGCGGUCAGAUCAACAACAAUGUGGGCGCGGGCUCAAACAUGGGCCAGCAGCACCCGUACCCUGCUCUCAGCCAGCUGGCUCACGUCUAUGAGCAGCAACAGCCACAGCAACAGCAGGAUCUUAAUAAGUACGCCUCUCUGAAGGCUGUGGCUGCCAAGUAUAACGGUGAACUCUACACCAAGCGUCGCCUGAUGGUGGAGCUGCCAACAAAGGGCGGACUUCCUCUCCAACCGAUGGGCAACUCCAGACCCUCGAUGGGCACCAUGUCGUCGAUGACUACUGCGAUGACUUCCAACCCAAUGGCUUCAAAUCACAUGGCCUCCAAUCACAUGAACCACACCAUCACCCAGAUGACGUCAAUGACUCCAAUGACCUCCAUGACACCCAUGACAUCCCUCACUCCAAUGACCACCAUGACCCCUAUGACUUCACUGGGUCCAUUGACUCCAGAACCAGUGGCCACCUAUGUCACAGAGAUGCCCAGCAUCUCCUCCGUUUCAACCCUUCCAACAGAGCGGCACAUAGCAGGUGGAGGAGGGGGACUUAAGCCUAACGGCCAGAAACCCAAAGUCGGCUAUGGCAACAUCACCCACAGCUCUCACAUCUCUCACCCUCACGCUCACAGUCAUAGUAGCAAGCCACCAGGACUUGGGGCCACCUCCCUGGCACACAUGGCAGGGACCAUGCCAGGAGGCACAUCCUUGGGUAUCUCCAGGGCUGCUGAAACCUCCAUUGGCUCAGCCACAAUGGGCCGCCCACUGGCAUACAGUUCCAACACAAUUGCGACUGGGCACGGGAUGGGACUGGGGCUGAAGGGCUGGGAUGGGACUGAGACAGUGGGUCGGAGGAAGACCUACGGGCACAAGAGGCCUCAGUGUACCGUGCUGGAGCCAAACCAGCUCCACAGCACCAGGGGUCAAAGCCACAGCCAACACUUCCUCCCCACACAGCCCUACUUUGUGACCAACAGCAAGACAGAGGUGACUGUGUGAGAACGAGAAAGAGAGAGGGGGGAGAGAGAGCGAGAGGAAGACAGGGAGGGAAAAAGGAUGCAUGUGAAGUGGUGGCACAACCUGUGGUGUUCAAAAAGGUACAGAUCCUUGUGUGUAUUUGUGUGAAGAAAGUGAAGCUUGUUGGUGUCGUGCUGAAUGUGGUGGGACAGAGACACUGCGUCCUCAUUUCACAACCGCAGAGUUCACAUCAAAUCACUGAACGGACCUUUGUUGUCGAGAGGAUGGUUUGACCGCAACAAAGAGCAACCGCUAGAGCAGGGAUUUCUGCGCGAUAUUAGGUUGUUGUCUCACGGAUAAUAUCGACUCUGUAAUGACACAAUAUCUGAGCGUUACGGACGCUGAAAUGGGAACCUGCUGGUAAUAAAACGAUUGGCUUAUACUGUACGAACCAAACCUGAGAAGCAAUAUAGAGGAUCAAGUGUGAAGCACCGAAGCAUCUUGGGGGGAAAGAAGAAACACAACAGGUUCGCCCGCAAACCUCAUCUGCCCGACAAAGCAUCGGCCGGCUUGAAAGGAAUACCAUUCCCUCAUAAUUCAGACCAGAGAUCUACUGAGACAGACACACGCAGACACACAUGCGGGGCUUUGUACUGUGGCUAUUCAGAAGCGCCCUCAUAAGCUCUGCAGCUGAAGGUCGCCCUUUUUUUUUUUCCCACAAGGCUGCGGCACACAGAAUGGACGCUGUCGCUCUGGCAUUGUUCUGUUCUGAUCUCGUCUGUGUGGUGACAGCUGGCCGAGAGGAGGGAUAAGGAGGCAGCGAGGCGGCAUCUGGAUGCUGCCGCUGCUCGCAGAGGCUCAAACACCAACACACACACACACACAUGCAGAUUUAUAUGUAUACUGUAGCAACACAAUGUCAACUGAACAACUGUAUGGUGGUAGCACUUUACAGUACAGUAACAAUAUGGGAAUAAUAGUUUGUAUUAUGGUAAUCUUAUAUCUAUAAUCACCAAAUCAAAGCUUGUUGAUGCUGAGAAAAUUCUACUUUAUAAUAUAGUAAUUAUCAGUUUUUUGAAGGUACUACACUCAUGGUAGACUAUAAUUAGCAUUGUAAACGCCAAUAUUAUCUCCUUUAGGGCUGAAAGAAAUCGCUCAAUUAAUCGAUUAUUAAUCGGUCACUAAAUCAACUAUUUUGACAAU